AUGGAACGAAUUACAGUUAUAUGGCUUCGUCGUGAUGUGAACACACGAGAUAAUGAUCAUAGUAAAUAUAUACGUGCUCAAUUACGUGGUGUUAUUGAUUAUCUUCAAACAUUUAAUGAUAUUGUUGAUUGUGAAAAAUAUAUCAGAGACAUUAACAACGAAACGCUAUUUUUAGUUGCUUCAUCUGAAUACACUCAAGAUAUUGUAUAA